AGAAUGAUCUUAAUCUGAACAGUCGAAGAUUUCAAAAAUGUAUUAUCUCUUUGUUGGAUUUCUCGCUCCUGCAAUCCUAAUUCUUAUUCUUGGACUGUUCGCCUGCUUGAAAAAAACUACAAGUACCAGAUUUGAUGACAAAGACUAUCAAUCAAUUUACUCAACUGAUGAGAAUCAAGUAAGAAUCCGCAUGCCAGCCUAUGAUUCCCGAGGCGUCAAUAGUUAUCAAAUGAUUUACGAAAACCAGCAUUUUGUCGACUACAAACAUCCUCCAACGUAUAACGAAGUGAUUCGCCAUAUCGCUAAUACCAAACCUCCGAGCCGCCACUUGCCUCCAAACCAGCCGCGGAUACUGGAACGAGGAGUGCCGCAUCAAAAACAACAAACAACAAUUUAUUAAUGUGUAUACAUUAAAUAUUCGAUUGCACAAUAAUUGUGCUUUUAAUUAACUUUUUAUAAAUAAACGAAGUAAAACACGAAAACCCAA